AUGACAGGAUGGGAAACAUGGACCCUUCUCCUGGCCCUUCUCGUAAGGAGGGGUUGGGGACAAAACAACGAGGAGAGGGGAACCUGGAGAGAGAACACAGUCGUCAACUUCUCCAGCAUUUUGGCCUCAGGAAAUAAUCUCUCCAAUUGUUGGACCUGUCAUCCCCACCCACAAGAGGGGGUUCCUCAGCUCCAGAUUGUGCCUGUAGAUGAGGAUGUUAAUCUCACCCUGACUUCUGAACCGGUUAGGAACACGCUGCUUCUAAUAGUGAAUCUUGAAGAUCAUGAGGAAAUGGGGUGUGUAGAACUUACAGACCCUUGGAAUCAAACGGGUCUCUGGAUCAAGCGGCCCUUUCUCUGCACAGGGCAAGGAAAACCCUGUUGCCCCUGCCAGACAGAUGCCUGCCUUAUUGAUGCGGGAAGCUCGCUGUCUAUUUAUCCGAUGUCAUUUUCCACAUUAAGCUCCUCCUGCACUCCUAACCAGACUCACUGGUGUGUGGACCCAUCUCUGCUCUCCCCAGGCACCCAGCCCAACACAUCUUGUACGCACUGGAAAGGAACAGCAGCCCCGGCCUGGAGGCUCACCUAUCAGACCCCCUCUGCCUUCAGCGACGAGGAGGAAAUAGAGGAAAACUCGGAACUAGAUGGGGGACCACUAGACGGAGGGCCUUUGUCCCCUAGAUGCAGUAAUGCCCCUCGCUGGGGUGCCCUUUUACGUCGAUGGUUUAAUUCUACUUCACCCCGCCAAGCUUGCACCCCUGCCGGAUAUCUGUUCCUCUGUGGUCCACCGCAGAAUAAACUACCCUUUGAAGGGAGCCCAAAUUCCUCCUUUUCCUGGCCUCUCCGAGCAGUGGCCUACCCCUGCUUAGACAAUGUCCACUUCCGAGGAGAAUGUACUCUGGGCCGAUUGGGCACUAAAGGACUAGGCACCACUGCAUAUAGUAAUGCCACCUCUCAAAACAGACAUAACUGGGCACUCAGACUAGUCCUGGCAGGAAUUGGGGUGGCCAUAGGUCUGGCUGCCCCUUGGGGAGUUUCACCUAUCACGAAACAAUCUUAA